GAUAAUACUGCAACUCCGAUAGGAACAGCAGGAGCAUGAGAAGGCCACUGACAAUGGUCACUGCAGGGCGAGAGCGAGAUUUGGAAUGGCCUGUAUCCCACCCCUCAGCCCCUAGCAGGCCAGGGAGAGUCCCGGAGCCCGGGCCAAACGCGAGGACAGCUUCCUCCUUGCAACCCUGCCCGCGCCGAGACCUACCCGUGGCACCCCCGCAGGUCUUGACCCGGAAGUCCUCCAGAGUCUUAGGGUAGGCAUCGAACUGCUUCAGCUUCCUCAGCGCCUCCAUGGGGACCGGCCGGAAAGGGGACACCAGCCGGCCCGCCCCUCCAGCCUCCCGCUUCCGGCCUGGAGCCUGGAUCACGCCCCUCGCUGUCUCGCGCAAGCGUAGCAGUGCGUACGUGGGGCUCCACCCCUCACCUGCCUUCUUAAAGGCUGUCUGGGAACACUCAGGACAAAACAUAUGCUCUCUGUGUGUGCUAGCAUCUUCACUAGGCCCAGUCAGAAUCCUCCCUGGGGGUGGAGAAGUCAGUCUGUUGCCUGACACAUAAGCCAUUGUCUGGGCAGCCAUGGAGCACUGCUGGGUCUUCUGGGGGCUUGUCUUGUGGCUGAUGGCUCCCUGCCUGGAUCUGAUACAUGAAUUGGCACCUCAGCAUGAAUGGACAUAUAUGGUACCACAGCAGUGUAACUGGUUGUGCUUCAAAUUUGGGGAGCAUGGCUGCCCUUCAAAAACCCCCAACUGCUCCACCUGCCACCACACAGCCGGAGAAGCAUGUUAUAAGAAGACCAUGGGAGACUGGAGGACUAAAGCUCUCUGGUGGCUGGGCAUAAACUCAGUGAGUGAGCAUGGGACAGUGUGGAAGAAGCCAUCAGAAGUGACUCCCAGUUCCUUCCUGCACCAUUUUGAUUUCCACUGUGUGUCCUGUGCCGUGCUGGGGAAUUCUGGCCUCAGCAAUAUCAACCAGUUAUUCUACAUGGCUUUCAGGAUGAAUCAGGCCUCCAGCCACAGCUCAGAGGCAGAGAUGAGGAGCCAGACCACAGGACCCUUCCUCUGUCCCCGGAACGCCAGUCACCAGGGUUCCUGGGGGCAGCACUGGUUACAGCAGCUUGCUGAUCUGGUUCCCCAAGUGACACGAUUUUGGAAGAUGGUCUGAUGCCCUAGAGGCACAAGAUAGUAAAGACAGGCCACCCUCUCUGGAUUUGGAUCAGAACAGCAAAGAAAGAAGUUCUAUUACUGACAGGAUGAUAAUCAGACCAAAGCUCCCCAGAAGGAUCUGUCUACAUGGACUGGAAAAGCAGAAAUGGAAGCUGCUUGUCAGCUAAGAUGGCCAGACAAGGCCACUAUUCACAAGUGACAAUGAGCUGAAUCCUGGAUUUUUAGUGUCACAACAGCCACGUAACUGUGAAGACAUUCAUGGGUAAAGAUAGAACGGUGUGACAUCAGUCUGGUUCUGAAUAAAAUCUUGGUCUGGUAC